GUCCACUGCUUGUAUUUCUAGCGAUGUUGUUCGGUGCGGUGAUCGCCGAAGUUAGGGCUGGUCUGGCCCAUUCCUUUCAGCAUUUUCACGGGCCAGUAGAGGGAGAUGACAAGGAGGUAGCUUGGGUAGACAAGCAUGGUAAACAUCAUCAGGACUUUGCAGCCCCAGCUCAUUACGAGUUCGCUUACGGCGUAGAGGAUCGACGUACCGGCGACUAUCACGGCCAGAAGGAACAUAGAGAUGGUAAAGCAGUCUCGGGCGAAUAUACAGUUAAGGAGCCCGACGGCAAUAUCAGAACCGUCAAAUAUCACGCCGAUGAAGAUGGUUUCCACGCUACUGUAUACAAUAGCCACGGAAACAAUCAUGAAGGUAGUGAUGACGAUGAACGCUGAACACGCAAGCGAGCCAUGGAUGGUUCGGGGUGGCUCUCUUGUACCUUGUCACUUCCAUAGAUAAUCGAU